AAGCGCUCCAGGAAUCGCCAGUGAGAUUAUCGGCGAUGCCGGAGCAGCGACAUCAAAUGCAACCUCUAGUGCCAAAAAGAGGAUCCAGAAAUUAUCGUGCACCCUUGACGACGGAAAGAGGUCUUUGUCGUGGCUACGCUCCUUAUCCUGGGACGCUUUAGAGGCCAUCCAAAGAUGG